AUGCCUGAAUCAACUUUAACAAAUAUUUUGAAGUUACAAGAAUCUGAAAAAAAUGGACGAGAAGAACUCAACAAAACAGUGAAAAAGUCACGAGGUCUCAGCGAAGAUACCGAUGAAGCCAUUUGGAAGCUUUACUCUGGAGCAAAAACUAUCCUCCCGUAUAAGGAAAGAAUAUUGAAUUUUGCCUGGAGGUCUAUGAACUCACCUUAUAAAAGAGCGAAGGUAAAUAGUUCCUUAGAUUUUCUUCAAAAGAAUUCUAUGGAAUUCAUUCAGAUGAACCCAAAUCGUACUGACAUUUUUGAACAAAAUAUGGACAAUAUGUCAGAAUAUGAUCAAAAGGAUCAGAAUAAUGGUAACAUCAACACAAUAAAUGGUACUGUUCACUUUGGUUCUUUUUCCAAUGAUCCUGUAAAUAUUAUUUCUAAUUCUUUUAGCAGCAACGUUUUUGAUUAUCCCUUUCAAGAUGAGUAUAUUGAUUUUAAUAGCAAAAAUGCUUUUACUGAUCCUCUUGUUGCUGAAUCCCCUGCACUGAAAAGUGAUAUUUCAAGUACAUUGUUAGAAAAUGAACGAGAUAAUAUUAAUAAUAUACCUGAUCUCUUGAAUAGAACCACUUCUGGACAAGAACAACGAGAACUUUCUGAUUUCCAAACUAGCAAUUCACACUUUUCCUUAGAAAAUACGGCUAACUCCCUUCAAGGUUUUACUCCGAGUACGUGGAAUCACAAAGCAAGAUAUAUUGACUCCAUAAAUAAUAAAUCCAAUCUUAAUGAUAUAUCUUCCCAUUUUUCCUUGACUGAACAUUAUUUGAAUGAUCCUUCUCCAAUUCAAAUACCAAGUAGGCCCUCUACUUCUCUACGACAACCAAUUCCAAUAAACCCUCAAAGUCAUUCACAAACGACUUUUCUAAAUGCAACGUUUACGCCUACAAGUUUACCUACAUUGAGCGGUUUAAACAACUCAACACGAAAAAGAAGGGAUCAAAGUAUCAGGAAAAGACAACCUUCAAUUGGGACAUCGUUGAAGAAAAACUCUAAUACAUCGUUAUCAUCAUUAAUGAAUAAUUAUAACACAACAACCGAUAAUAAGACAUCAAUCCGUUGUAAUAAUUGUGGCACUGGUACAACACCACUUUGGAGGAAAGAUCCAAAUGGGAAUUCCCUGUGUAAUGCAUGUGGGUUAUUUCUGAAAUUACAUGGUGUAAUGAGACCGUUAUCCUUAAAGACAGAUGUCAUUAAAAAGAGACAAAGAGGCUCUAAAAAUGGAUUGAAUGUUUCCAAGAAGAAUUCAACUGCAAAUUUGAGAGAGAAUAUUACUAAUACGGGAGAUAUAGAUAGAAGAAGGAAAAGAAACAGUACCCAAUAUUCUGGUGUUGACUCGACGUUCGCAAGAAAUGACGAUAAUUGUAAUCAUCCGUCCCUGGUGGGUUCCUUGCCAAUAAAUGUCGUAGAAGGACAAAAUCCUGUAAACCUUGAUUGGUUAAGCCUUGACAUAUGA